GAAAGUGAGAGUACUACGUGAGUGCAUGCUGACGCCCCACCAUGCCCAUCCUCCCGUAUCUUAUCUUAUCUCCCAACGGUCAACCAAAAAAAGUUUCCAACGUUCAGAAGCUGCGAGCGCUCAUCAAUCCAUCGUCCCCACCACCAACCAGCAGCAAAGAUGGCGAAGAAAGGCGCGACACAGUCCCCCAAGGCAGGGUCAAAGCUCAAAUCCGCGGUUCCAGACCACAAGCCCAAGACAAAAAAGAUCGACAGGAGAAAGUCGAACGAACUGGCUGCGCCAAAAGCUGUCGAUAAGGAGGACGAGUGGGAGGACGAGGACAGUGAUGAUCACGAGGAGCCGGCGCCAAAAGUUAAUGGCAGCAAGACUGCCAAGAGGCCAGCUGAGGAUGCAGAUUCAAGUGAGGAGGAUAGCGACUCGGAAGGUAGCGAGGACGACGAAGAGCACGGCGGCAUCGACCUUGCGGCGAUAGACGACUCCGACUCGGAAUCAGAACUCGACUCAGAUGAGGAGACUGAAAGGAACGAUGGUAAAGGUGACAGAGGAGAGGAGAAGGAAGACAGUGAGGAUGAGGAGGACGAGGAGGACGAGAAGGAAAUUGACGUCGAUGAGCUUUCAGCCGAGGAUGAGGAAGACGAGGAACAGAUCGCCGCAGGCACCCGCGUCCGGCAAACAAUCAAUAACAAGGAGGGGCUCCUCGCCGCCCUACGACGCUUCGCGCUCGAUACCAACCCCAAAACCGUUCCCUUCGCAUUCCACCAAUCCGUUGUCUCGUCCAAGAAGACGGAGGAAUCAAUCCCCUCUAUCGAGGACGACCUGCAGCGCGAGCUGGCCUUCGUGAACCAAUCCCUCGAAGCCGCCCGGCAAGCUCGCGCCUUGUUGCGCAAGGAAGGUGUACCCUUCACCCGGCCAACAGAUUACUUCGCCGAGACGGUGCGCAGCGACGAGACGAUGCAGAAGGUCAAGGCCAAGCUGGUCGAGGAGGCGACGGCCAAGAAGGCGGCCGCCGAGGCGCGCAAGCAGCGCGACCUCAAGAAGUUCGGCAAGCAGGUCCAGGUGCAGAAGCUGCAGGAGCGCGCCAAGCAGAAGCGCGAGACCCUCGACAAGAUCAACCUGCUCAAGCGGAAACGACAAGAAGGCGGCUCCGCAGCUCUCGGCACGACCGAAGCAGACGACAUCUUCGACGUGGCCGUUGACAAAGAGCUGUCCAACAGCAAGUCCUCCUCCAAGAAGCGCGGUGCGGCAGGCGACGGACCCAACCCCAAGCGGCAGAAGAAGGACACCAAGUACGGCUUCGGCGGCAAGAAGCGUUUCGCCAAGUCCGGCGACGCCGUGUCGGCGGGCGAUUUGAGUGGGUUCAGCGCCAAGCGGAUGAAGAGCGGCGGCUUCGCGGCCGGCGGUGCGGGUGGGAAAAAGAAGGGCGUGAAGGCGCCGAGGCCGGGGAAGAGUAGGCGGAAGGCUAUGGCUGGGAAAAGAUAGAGGGUAGGUAGAGGCUUGAUGGGGGGUUGCAGAUGGUGGUGUCGAAGUUUCGGAUUCUGUUCUGCGGUUCGUCAGACGGCAGAUGGGGUUGGCCUGUUGGGAAGGGCUAUGGACGGGAGUCUCUGUACCGUAUAUUCUACCUCACGAGUGUCAUAUAACGUAUUUCGCGAGACUCAAUUCGACAAGGGAAAUCGGUGAAAGGAUAAUCCCAACCAGGUACGGUGGUCUUAUGAUCAGAGGGAGA